AUGCCGCAAUCCAUAGAUGCAGACAAAGCGAUAGAUUCAGGACUAAAUUCGGAGACACAAAGCUGGGAUAGUCCUAAUGACAGUCUGAAUGAGGUUAUAUAUCAAUACCCCCUGAUUAAUGCUGACAAAGAUCAUCAUCAUCAUUUUAAUGGUCAUCACCAUCAUCGUCAUCAUGGACCUUACAGCUAUGCAAAAAAGCUGACAAAGAAGCUUGCAGCACCAUUUUUUAUGCACGGAAAUGGGCAAAGUAGUUCUGCCGAUGGAUCCAAUGAUUUACUACCUUUUUAUGAUGCGAGAACUGGGGAUCAAGAAGAGCCAAUGCUGGAUCCUCCCUCGAAGGUAAGUUACGUAUCUUCCGAUAGAAAGACUCGUAAUACGUCCGAAAAUGGCAAUUCGAGUGUGUUGUAUCCAUCCGUACACGGAGUUGAAUUUAAACAUUCUCGUUCAGCAAGUUCAAUGACUAAUUUACCAGCAGAUUCAACAGCUAGUUUGCUUCUGACGGCAAUAGAAUCAUCUGCAGACAAAAGGCAUUUGAGGUCUCAUUCGGCCGUGAAUUUAAGUUCAUCUUUAGGCAGGAGGUUCUAUGAUUCACCUGUUAGAAUGAAUACACCGGAUGAAGAUUUGAUGAGCAGUUCCAUGACACCAAUAGCUCUUUCUCCUUCUUUACGCUACUCGCGGACUUCAAACACCCCAUCUUCUUCGGAAUUUGCCAGUAAAAGAAACAGCUUUGGUGAUAGCACUUCAAAUAGUCCAAGAUUACUUGCAAGAGAUUCGUUUGGGCAGGUUAAUACGAGUUCAAGAAGCUCUGGAGACACUCCGGAUGAUCGCAAAUUGUCCUCCUCACAUAAUAGAUUAAAAAGCAUGACAUCAUUUCCACUAUCUUCUGGAUUACAAUCACAAUCGAAUAUAUCACAUGAGUCAGGACACUCUCAAAAUGUUUCUGGACUUGAUUCAUCUCACUUAAGUUCUUAUGCAUCUGCUGACUUACCCUCGUCAGGAUCGUCAAGAAAUUUUAUUGCGCCUGAAAUACGUAAAAAGUUUGAAGAUCUUAAUGAUAUGAUCAAUGCAAACCUUGCAAAGUGUAUCAACAGCGUUGAUGAAGAUAACACAAAGUUAUUUGAGGAUGUCCAUAGCAAGUAUGAAAAGCUCGAUGAGCUGAAUAGACAGCUCGAGGCAACUAUUAAAGAUAUACAAACAUAUUCGGGGGAUGUUGAUAGCAUUAAAGAAAAUGACUUGAGAAAGCUCAAAUCAAGUGAUUUGUUUACGAAUCUCAAUGAUCUAAACGCUAGAUUGACUGUUGUCAAAUCAAGUUUGAAGAAGGACGAGGAAACUUUAACUUCUUUUGGAAAGGAAAUACUUGCUUUGGAGCAGGUUAAAAAGCGGAACGUUUUUACCCAAAAGACUAGGGGUAACAUUAUACUUAUAAUAUUUGGCUGCUUAAUUUUGGUUUUGAUCAUCAAAACUGUUAAGCAUAUUCUUCAUUCUGGCUUCACCUUUGAUUUUAUUCGCUCAUUGUAUUCAAAAUUUGCAGAGAUAAUUCAUUAG